AUAUAACCCAUAGCCGUUCCGAUGUUCGAGGAAAUACGUUCGGAACUCAACUUGAUUUAUCUUUAAUUUUUGAAAAUGGCUUCAGCGUUGGAAUCGUAUGUGAAUCGUACAGUUUCUAUAGUUACAGCAGAUGGAAGAAUAAUUGUGGGAACUUUGAAAGGAUUUGAUCAAACAAUCAACUUAAUUCUAGAUGAGAGCCAUGAGAGGGUAUAUAGUGCUACACAAGGAGUAGAACAAGUCAUUUUGGGACUGUACAUCAUCAGGGGAGAUAAUGUAGCUUUGAUAGGAGAGAUAGAUGACGAGGCUGACCAGAGAUUAGAUUUUAAUGACAUUAAGGCUGAACCUUUGAAUUCAGUUUUACAUUGAUGGAAAGGAUAAAAAGACCUGUUAUUGCUUGGAAAUAAAUAUCAGCUUGGUCAUAUUCCAGGAUUUUUAGGACUUACAACCAAAGAAGAUGUACUUUUAAUUACAUAAAUAAAUGCAAGCUGAUUAAGAGAGGGAGAGAGAGAUUUUCAAUACUUGUGUAUGGUUUUGUGCUAAAUUGACAUUUUUAAAGUGUUUAAAAGUGUCAUUGAAUAUUUUGAAAUAUGUCUCCCUAAAGAAAAUAAAAGGAAGAUUAAUUUUAUUGCAAUUACAUAAGGAAAAUGUUAAAAAUUUGAAAUGUAUCAAUUAAAUUAUUUUUAUUUUGUGCAUUUCAUUUUUGAAAUCAUUUAUUUUGUUUAAAAGAUAAUUGAAUGAGAUAUUUGAUUUUUCUGUUGGUUCACAGCUACUUGUUUAGACUCAGCUGACUACGAAAGAGGAAGGAUAUAUGCAUCAUUUCAUGAAUACCCUUAAUUGGUCUUUAGAUGUUUGAUUAAGUCAACAAGGAUGAUGGCUUCAAUUGCUAUCUUAUUAACCUAACUUUUUCCUUUUAUUUGUUCUAUUUGUUUUAUUUUAAUAGAAAUAUUGAAUAUAAAAAAUAAAAGAAGAUGACAAAUAAUAGAGACACAUAGAGUUUACAGGGUAAUAUACCUUGUCGCUACAACAAAUUUCUAAAUAAUCCAAAAUCUAAACGAAUUGCUUCAUAAAAGUGAGUUCAUCAGUACUUGGUGUAAUGAACUAUAAAACAGUAUCAAAGAAAGUGUAUUGUACAUGUUGUAGAUUGAGUCAGUUUGAAAGAAAGAGUAUUGAUAAUUUAAAGAUCAUUUGUUUGUUUAAUUUUAAAUGUGUUGUUUCAACAUUCUACAGAACAAGUCAGAUGAAUGCAUUCCAUAUUUAAUAUAUAUGUAGAAAAAAAAUAAGUCUGUAUUCACCCUCAGGAAUCGGAAGUUCUAUCAAUAAAAUUCUGUAAAUAAUAAAGUUGACUAUCAAUAUAGCUUCUCGUACGAGAAGCUCUAUUGAAAGUCAACUUUAUCAUUUACAGAAUUUUGAUGACAGAACUUCCGAUUCCUGUGGUUCACCACAAAUUCAUGGACACUUGUAACUCAGGAACGAAGUCACCUCCAUAGUAAAUACUGAUCCUACAUAUAGAGAAGCAUGGUGUAUUUAUCUUCUUACCAAAAGUUCAGUUUGCACUUGUCAUUUUAUCAUGUUUUAAUUCAUAAAUGUACAAAGGCACACAUUAAACUAUUUUAUACA